CUCUUGUGAUCAAAAAUAAAAAAUCAACCAAAAUGAAAUUCGUUGCUAUUGCAUUGUUCGCUCUCGUUGUUGGCGCAUACGCCCAACACCCAGACGCCUCUGCUCAAGUCUUGCGCAACGAUGCCGUCGUCAACCCAGACUCAUUCAACUAUGCAUAUGAGACCUCAAACGGAAUUGCCGCCAAGGAACAAGGCCAAUUGAAACAAAUCGGUUCAGAAUCAGGCAUCGCUGCUCAGGGCGAUUUCGGUUACACUUCCCCAGAAGGCGAGAAAAUCCAAUUGAGCUACAUUGCUGAUGAAAACGGUUUCCAACCAACCGGCUCACAUUUGCCAGUCGCUCCAGCCAUCCCAGCACAAAUCGCUCGUGCUUUGGAAUACCUCCAACAUGCCGCUCCACAACAAUCACAACAACAAUUCGUUUCACCAAACCAAUUGAAAAUCUUGGCUGGCAAAUAAGAACUAAAUAGUGUGAGAUAAACUACUCUUGUAGUUGCAGUUCAUUCUCAAAAAUACA